AUGCCCAAGAUCAAGGAGAUUCUCUUCGACUGCGACAACACCCUCGUCCUGUCCGAGGAGCUGGCCUUCGAGGCCUGCGCAGAACUCGCCAAUGAGAUCCUCGAGAAGAAGGGCGUCUCCGACCGCUACACCGGCCCCUCGCUCCUGAAGGACUUCGUCGGCCAGAACUUCCGUGGCAUGAUGGUCUCGCUCACCAAGAAAUACAACUUCGAACUGGCUCCGGAAGAGUUCGACGCCUACGUCGAGCGCGAGCUGGGCAAGGUCAUCGAGAAGCUGGAGGCCAAGGCUCAGCCGUGCCCCGGCGCCCCGGAGACGCUGGAGAAGCUGGCGGCCGAGAAGAAGUACGGUCUGGCCGUCGUGUCGUCGUCGGCCCUGUCCCGCGUUGAGGCGUCGCUGCGCAAGGUCAAGAUCGACCACUACUUCCCCGAGGGCCACGUCUUCAGCGCCGCCUCGUCGCUGCCCAAGCCUACGUCCAAGCCUGACCCGGCCAUCUACUUCCACGCCUGCAAGACCAUUGGCGUCGACCCCAAGGAGUGCGUCGCCAUCGAGGACAGCAGGAGCGGCGCCACGGCCGCCAAGAACGCCGGCAUCCCCCUCAUCGGCUACGUCGGCCCCUACGAGGAGGGUGAGGAGCAGGAGAGGAUCGCCAAGAUGCUCAAGGAGGAGUGCGGUGCUCUCUACAUCAUGUACCACUGGAACCAGUUCGACGAGGCCCUGAAGGUCGUUGAGUCGUCGUAG